CCCGCGCUGGGCGGGCUCAGUCCCUCCCCGCCCCGCAGCCGCCGGAGCCGGAGCCGCCGCGGCCGGAGCCUGAUGCCGGGAGCUCGGCGCUGAGGCGGGGGGCCCGGGCCCGGAGAUGGGGAUUCUCAGCAUCACGGAGCAGCCGCCUCUGGUCCAAGCCAUCUUCAACCGCGAUAUAGAGGAGGUGCGGUCAUUACUGAACCAGAAAGAGAAUAUCAAUAUAUUGGACCAAGAACGACGAACCCCACUGCAUGCUGCUGCCUACUUAGGAGAUGUCCCAAUCAUUGAGCUCCUAAUACUGUCAGGUGCUAACGUAAAUGCGAAGGACACUGUUUGGCUAACCCCGCUGCAUCGGGCCGCAGCUUCUCGCAAUGAGAAGGCACUUAACCUCCUCCUGAAGCACUCGGCGGACGUCAACGCCCGCGAUAAGUACUGGCAAACGCCGCUCCACAUUGCCGCUGCCAACAGGGCCACCAAGUGCGCGGAGGCCAUCAUCCCCCUGCUGAGCAGCGUCAACGUGGCGGAUCGCACAGGCCGCACGGCGCUGCACCACGCCGUGCACAGCGGCCACAUUGAGAUGGUGAACUUGCUCUUAAACAAGGGGGCCAGCCUGAGCACGUGUGACAAGAAGGAGCGUCAGCCCAUCCAUUGGGCAGCCUUCCUAGGGCAUUUGGAAGUUCUGAAGCUGCUGGUGGCCCGGGGAGCUGACGUCACGUGCAAGGAUAAGAAGGGUUACACCUUGCUCCACACCGCGGCAGCCAGUGGCCAGGUCGAGGUCGUGAAGCAUCUGCUGAGGCUGGGAGUCGAGAUCGAUGAACCCAAUUGCCUUGGGAACACUGCACUUCACAUCGCCUGUUACAUGGGCCAGGACGCCGUGGCCAAUGAGCUGGUCAACUACGGCGCCAACGUCAAUCAGCCCAACGAGAAGGGCUUCACCCCUCUGCACUUUGCUGCCGUCUCCACCAAUGGGGCCCUUUGCCUGGAGCUCCUCGUGAACAAUGGAGCCGACGUGAACUUUCAGAGUAAGGAAGGGAAGAGCCCUUUGCACAUGGCUGCCAUUCACGGACGGUUUACGCGUUCUCAGAUCCUCAUACAGAACGGCAGCGAGAUAGACUGUGCUGACAAAUAUGGCAAUACCCCCCUCCACGUUGCUGCUAGAUAUGGCCACGAGCUGCUAAUUAGUACUUUGAUGACGAAUGGUGCUGACACUGCAAGGCGUGGAAUCCACGACAUGUUCCCUCUGCACUUAGCUGUUCUCUUUGGAUUUUCAGACUGUUGUCGUAAGCUACUUUCCUCAGGUCAGCUGUACAGCAUCGUCUCCUCGCUGAGCAACGAGCACGUGCUGUCCGCGGGUUUCGAUAUCAACACACCUGACAACCUUGGGAGGACGUGCCUCCACGCUGCUGCUUCCGGAGGGAACGUUGAAUGUCUUAAUUUGCUGUUGAGCAGCGGUGCUGACUUGAGGAGGAGAGAUAAAUUUGGAAGGACUCCAUUGCACUACGCGGCUGCCAACGGCAGCUAUCAGUGUACGGUGACGCUGGUCACCGCCGGAGCCAGUAUUAACGAGAUGGACUGUAAAGGCUGCACUCCCUUACACUAUGCUGCUGCUUCGGACACGUACAGGAGAGCGGAGACUCAUUCAGGAAACAGCCAUGACACUGACGAGGAGCCACUGAAGGAGUCCAGAGUGAAGGAGGCAUUCUUUUGUUUAGAGUUCUUACUGGAUAACGGUGCGGACGCGUCACUCCGGGACAAGCAGGGAUACACCGCUGUCCACUAUGCAGCUGCCUAUGGCAACAGACAGAACCUCGAGCUGCUCCUGGAAAUGUCUUUUAACUGCCUGGAGGACGUGGAAAGCACCAUUCCAGUCAGCCCUUUGCACUUAGCUGCCUAUAACGGUCACUGUGAAGCCCUAAAGACACUUGCCGAAACCCUCGUGAACCUUGAUGUGCGGGACCACAAAGGGCGGACGGCGCUGUACCUUGCCACGGAGAGGGGCUCCACGGAGUGCGUGGAGGUGCUCACCAGCCACGGUGCUUCCGCCCUUGUGAAGGAGAAGAAGAAGAAGUGGACGCCGCUCCAUGCUGCAGCUGCCUACGGGAACACAGAUUCCCUACACCUUCUGAUCGACAACGGGGAGAGGGCGGAUAUCACCGACGUUAUGGACAUCCAUGGCCAAACCCCACUGAUGCUGGCGAUCAUGAACGGCCAUGUCGACUGCGUCCAUCUGUUGCUGGAGAAGGGAUCCACAGCAGACGCAGCAGACAGGAGAGGCAGGACUGCGCUGCACCGAGGGGCGGUGACUGGGUGUGAGGACUGCCUGGGAGCCCUGCUGGACCACGAUGCCUUUGUAUUGUGUCGGGAUUUCAAGGGUCGAACCCCUAUCCAUUUUGCGUCGGCGUGUGGGCAUUCAGAAAUCCUGAGGACCUUGCUGCAGGCAGCGCUCUCUACUGACCCUCUGGACUCCGUGGUGGAUUACAGCGGCUACUCACCGAUGCACUGGGCUUCAUACAGCGGACAUGAAGAUUGUCUUGAAUUGUUACUUGAACACAAUCCAUUUGUGUACCUAGAAGGAAACCCCUUUACUCCAUUGCACUGUGCAGUAAUUAACAGCCAGGAAGGCACUGCUGAAAUGCUGGUGGAAGCAUUGGGUGCCAAGAUUGUUAAUAGCAGAGAUGCCAAAGGAAGGACACCCCUUCACGCUGCUGCCUUUGCAGACAACAUCCACGGUUUACAGCUGCUGCUGCGCCACCACGCUGAGGUAGACACGACUGACCAGCUGGGAAGGACCCCUCUCAUGAUGGCUGCUGAGAACGGGCAGACCGCAGCAGUCGAGUUCCUGUUGUACAGAGCGAAAGCAGAUUUAACUGUGCUGGACGUCAACAAGAACACAGCUCUUCACCUGGCCUGCAGCAAGGGUCAUGAAAAGUGUGCCUUGUUGAUCCUGGGGGAAACCCAAGACCUUGGCCUUAUCAAUGCAACUAACAGUGCUCUGCAGAUGCCGCUCCAUAUUGCAGCUCGGAACGGGCUGGCCUCUGUUGUCCAGGCCUUGCUCAGCAGAGGUGCCACUGUACUUGCAGUGGAUGAAGAAGGUCACACCCCAGCCUUGGCUUGUGCCCCCAACAAGGACGUUGCAGACUGCCUGGCACUUAUCCUCUCCACCAUGAAGCCUUUUCCACCUAAAGACGCCAUCAGCCCUUUCAGCUUCAACCUCCUCAAGAACUGCGGCAUCGCGGCCAAGACAGCGGCUUGCGGGGCCCUGCCCAACGGCAGCACGUGCCCGUACACCAAGGACCGGCACAAUGCUAUCGGCUUAGACGGCUGUUACUCGGAGUAGCUUAAACUAUGGGUAUCUAAUAUCUUAUUCUAUUUAUUUAGAAAUUCUAUAAAUAUAGGGCACUUUAAAGGAGAACAAGACUGAACAGGCCUUCACACAGGGCUUGGCAACCGACGUUAGAGCUUCCUCUUCUGCCUAGGCCCUCACUCAUAUGCCAGCAGCUAAUUGACUUAACGAGCAGUUGGCAAAGAGCCUUUCCCCUUCCCAUGUUCAGUGCGGGCGAACCCCUCCUGGAGCGAGGGCUGGGGAAAGCGGCCCCAUUGCAUUAGUACAGCUGGUCCCAGGCAGGGGCCAGGGAAUGUUUUGGGUUUUCUGAAAAAGGGACUUUCUGAUUUCUAACUUCCUGUUUCAAGAGCUAACCUCUCCCCGUUGGGAAGCUCCUUAGGACAGCAGCAGGGCAGCCCUGCUUGGUUCUUCUGCGACGCACUCCUCCCGCUACCGCACCCGCAAGGGCCAGGGCUGCCGCUUUGCUUAGUCUCUUGGUGACCACUCAGCUCUGAGGGGGCAGUGAUCAAUCAGCCUUACAGGGCUGCUCAUUGAUAAGAGGGCUGCUCCGCCAUUAGGAAUUGGAUUGCAAAUUUCUUUCACCCAGUAGCUGGGAAGAACGUUUGGUCCCUCCCAGCCCUGAGGUUGGACUGACUUUGGAGCCAGUUUUGUUUCAAAUCCUCCACCUGGAACUUCCCUUCCUGCCUGUCUAACCCUCCGCUUUCCUUUCAGUUCCCCUCCUGUGCCCCCGACGCGGCAGCAUGCCGACUCUGUUCAUUCCACAGUUGCACAGUCUAGCCAGAAAGCAGAAACUUGAACUUUGGAGGCGGGGAGGGGGGGUCAGGAAUUCGACAAGUGAGCGACCGCUGAGUGGUGGGCAUUAGCACCUGGGCAAGUGCCACUGUAACUGCUCCUUCAUCUGAAUCGUUUUGUUUUCGUGCUCAUCCUUCGAUUCCAAUAAGAACACUUGAAUCCCGAACUACUGUACCCAGGAUAUUGAGAUAACCUUUGGCAGCUCUCACUCCUUCAUAUGCAAAACGGGUGCUACUGUCCAUCUGCCGCGGUCUGCUCUGAACCCCGCAUUUGCACUGCUGGAAUAUUCCCUCCCCACACCAGGCACUUUAGGGAUUUGAAUUUUUUUCUUCUUUUGGCAAAAUGUUGGAUCCUGAGAGGUGAUUCCUUCUUAAGUUUUGUUCCUCUCCGUAUUGCGCGCCAUUCCCAUGUGAGAGUCAGUCAGUCUGUUGCUUUUUAAACAUUUAUUUAUAAUGAAAUGAGCUUUUACCUUUAAAAAAAAAAAAUAAUAAUUUUCUGAAAGUUUUAACCUUUUAAGGAAAAAAAUGCACUUCAAAGUCCUUAUUCACAACCCUAAGUCUGUAUUUAUUUUUCUAACGUGGCAUCUUGGCAGGUUUUAUUAGCGUGUGUGUAUGUGGGAUUGGUGUGUUCAUUUCAGUGUUGGUUUUUUUUUUAUUUUAAAAAUCCUAUUUAUAAUGCAUGUUUUAAACAUUCAAGAAUGUGCACUACUUUUUUUUUAAAAAAAAUUACUGUAACAGUAUCGUGAAAAAAACAAAACAAAAACCCACAAAAAACCUUUCACCAUAUCGCAAGUCUGUUCGAAGCCAAAGACUGGGAUGUAGCGAUCAGAGCGGGUCGACAGGGCAAAAACAUUCGAUGUACGAUCUUUUCCACUGAUUCUCUUUCCUUUUGCAGCCUUGGGAGGUGGGGUAACAUCCUGGUUCUCAGACGAUAGUCAGUGACGUGUGCGCUCACUGAAUGAAAUAUUUUGAGAACCAAGCCUUGGGUUGGGGCCGGGGGGACAUCCAGGAAAGGGUCUCUCUCCUUUCCAAUCUGCAGACCAUGGGUGCUAGUCACUUUCUCUUUUUGGUCAGUAAGACUGUUACAGGAAAUGGACGAGCCAUAAGCUUUGGCUGCCCUGCCUAAAGUUACGUCUAUUACAAAAGUCAGCAUUUCUUGGAUCAAAAUAGUGUAUUUUUAAAGGAAGGUGAAUUCUGGUUUUCUUUUUGUUUUUUGGCCAGACGUUUACAUGAUGUGAAAUGGGCAUUGCAACGAAUUGCUGUUUCCCUCAGGUGAUGACAGCCCGCCCCUUUUCCAAAAGAGCGCCAAAUAGGGAGCAGAGAGCUGGGCUGCUGGCUGGAGCUAGCGUGCUGGCAGCCGGCAGAGAGAGGUGCUUUAUCCGGGCAGGAGCAGAGCGUGGAAUAGCGAGAAGCUCCUUUGCACCGUUAGUUUCUUUUACCAAAGUUUAACUCUUAGAACCAAAAGCCUUGGCCUUCGGGUGGUCAGUGCUGCUGCUUUUCAUUUCACGGAAGGGUUUCACCCGGAGAGUAGCAAAGACUUGGGUGGCAUUUCUGUUUGUUUUCCCUCCUCUUCUUUAUCCUCACUGCAACCAGCUGAGCUUGGUCUCCCUUAGUGUUACCAUCUGACGCUCCAGCUCAGCAAAACCCUUGAAACACGGGCUGCCAAGGGAACACUCAGUGUGUAGCCAAGUAGCCAGUUCUAAUCUUCAGAGAGGCCUAGAAUCCCCAGAUGGGGAAGGAAGAAAAGGCAGAAAGCCAGCCUGUUUCCCUCAAGGCACUUCAAUCAAACCUUCCUUGCUGGUGUGUCUGAUAGUCUAGGAAUCCAAUGCACAAAAGCAGAGUGAGGAUUUCUCUCCACGCACUGGAUGCUGGCCCAUUCUGUGAUGCAUAAACAACUUGGGUUUUAGGCCACGGUAUAAGAUGCUCUUGGCCAAGUAGCCUCCUGGCCUGUUUGAACCAGUCCUUCCUUCCCCUUCUGAAACGUGUUACGAAAGGCUCCGUUCUUAGGUACGUUGCCUCAAGAUCAAGUCUCUCCUCGCCUCCACCCUCCACGCUAAAGUUCUCUACCUUGAUAGCAAGUGUUACCUUUCUACACCGAAUACCUCAGUUCGGAAUCAAACCACACAAAACUUGAAUGAAAGAUCCUCUUGAAAGAUCGUUUUCAGUAUUCUGCAGAGGGAGAACUGGAAAAAGACUUGUUUACAUUAUUGUUGAGUUCGGGUACUUGCCUCUUGCAACGCUUUCUCUUUUCAUUUUUAAAAUACUGAAUUCAGGCACUGCCUAUUUCUCAGCCUUCAAAUAAGCCCCCUACGGGGCAGGAGUAUGGGUCCAAAGUCAAGAUUUGUCGUCUUUUUUUUUUUUUUUUUUUUCCCCUUCCCUUCAAGGGCAAAUGUCCUUCUCCUGCUGUGCGACAGCAGGCCUGAGCAUUCAGAAGCAUACAAGAGCACUACACUGAGAAAUCUGUGCAGGUCUGGAAGCCCUGGCUUCCCUUAUCUUUGUCCUUUUCCUGGGGGUUUGAAGGAACAAUGACAGAAUUCCUGGGGUGAGUGACAGUGGCACAUUUAGGACACGGGAGAAUUCCGGGGUAGGGGCAGAAUUCCUUUAACAGCUCAGUACUUUUGAGUGAAAUCCUCGCCCUGUCGAAAUAAAUGGGAAAGUGCCCAUUGACUCCAAGGCUAGGGUUUCAGCCUCUUGUGCGUAUGUGCGUCAGAGGGCAAGAUGCCCGUACCUGCAGGCACUAAGAUAAUUUUAAUGCCAUCUUGCUUUAAUUUUAAUUAAAUAUCGCAGGGGGAGGAUUUCAAAAUCAUUUCAAACAAGGGCAAGGGAAUAUUUUAGCAUAGUGUUUGGGGUGUGCUUUUUUUUUAGUAUAGUGGGAUUAAGCUCUUUUUUUUUUUUGUAAUUAAGAGGAAAAAAAUGGCCUUUGGUUUGCCUUGUUUUCAUGCUGUCAUGCGUUACCUCUUCACGUGACGUGGUAAAGACUAAACUCUGACAAGACAAUCAAUGUGAUCUCUCUAAGGGCUUCAGCAUUUCUUCUCUCAGCUGCAUUGUACUUUUUAAUUUAAUUUUAUUUGCUCUUAGUAAGUUUUUUGGGAUUAUUUUUACUCCUCCCCUUGUGUCUUCUUUAAAAAUAAUGAAAGUAAUAAUAAUAAUAACAGAGUGGAAAACAAUUCCAGCAGUGCAUCCGUGGGCUGGGCAUUUUGGGGGGGUGGAAGGGCGGGUUUGGGGACAGGGAUGGGACAGGGGCCGUUUCUAUCGCAGGCGCCAGUCUUGUUCUCCUUUAACGCUGUAAUGUAUACAUUUGACAGCACAGCUUGACAAUUUAAGUAAUAAUCAAAGUGUUUGGUAAUAAUGCAUUAUUUUGCUAAACGAGAUUUGUGAUGGUUUCCCUAGUGCAUUGUAAAGAGGGUCGGAGGGAAACUUCCGCUCAUGGGCCCCCUCCCCCCCCCAAAACUUUGUGUCUCUCGACACCUCAUUUGCAUCGGCGUAAGCACGUUAAGUGUUUUGUGUAUGGCGGUGGGGGGGCCUUAUCUAAAAACUUCCUCUGCACAGAUCUUUAUGCCAAAGUCAGACCAUUCCAGCUUAUCGUUCUGUUCAGCUCCGUGCAUAGAUUUGGUGUAGAGUGACCCUUUUCAGCUCCCCCAGUGCCACUUAAUUUUUGAAAACUAAACGGGUGUGGGAUUGUCCCCUGCCCCUCCCAGAAAAGGAAGUUUCUCUCCAUGCCCUUGCUUCACAGCACUUGCUUCAAGCACUUUUGUUAAAACCUGAGCGUCUGGUUUCUCUUUAGCGACCCAGGGGAUAGAGAGCAGCGGGGGGAGGGGGAGCGAGAGAUGAGUGUCUGGGGGGUUAUAUUUUAACGUUGAAAGUUUCCGUUUCUAGGGAAUGAAUGAACAAAGGGAAGUUGUGUUUUAAAAAAAAAAAAAAAAAAAAAAAACAGCACAAAUGCAUUUCAACUCAAUAGAUGUGUUUGCACUGCCAUUGUUAGACACGCUGCCCGACCGGCAGUUCAGCUGAGCCAUAUAACUGCGGACAAACACUGAAUGUAACGGCCUUGAACCGGGCAGUCCUGGGAAGCUAGGAAUUGGCUUUAUUCUCGAUGGGCACUUCCAUGAAUUCAGAAAUAACCUGAUGAUGAUGCCGUCGUCAGUUUUCUUUUGGUUUCUGAGUCACAGCAGAUUAGAGGCUUCUCCGUUGUUGUUGUUUUUUCCCCCUCCCGGUAACGGUCUGAUUUUCUCCCCCUUGUCCUACAAGGAGGGAGAGUGGGCACUCAGUCCCAGAUCUAAGGCGGAGAUGAAUUCCAACUGAGCUGGCACAUCCCAGCGGCUUUGAGAUCUGGAGCUAAUCAAAGUAGCACUAAAAGCAGAAACAUGGCUCAGAAAGGGAACAAGUAAGCUUUAUUUCCCAGGGCGUUUCAAGCGCUUAAGUGACUUCUGUAUGGACAACGGAUCUUUGUCCGUUUUCUGAGCGUAUAAGAUGAUAAGUAUUCGUUAAAAAAAUAAAAAGCAACCCUCUUUUUUUUUUUUUUUUUUUGGUUAGGUGGGAGCAGCGGGGGUGGGGGAACAGCGCUGAGAUCAUCCCAGUCUCUUGUCCCACCACAUCCAAAAAAAAAAAAAAUCAACUUCCAUCUCAAGAUUUCCUCUUGCACUUCAACCCUAAUUAGGAGGAGUGUUUCCUCCUCACCAAAAGGCUCCAUGCCACAGGGACCAGAAAGGGGGGGCGGAAUUUGUGUGAUUCCCCCCCACACACACCCCCAGUUGUGAAUGUCAGUGGUCUUUUCUGUUCCAUUCACACUGUAAGCCCUGCUCUCACCUUUGCCUUCAAUAAGAAACCAAAGGAAAAAACCCAACCCUCCAUUUGAGAUCACGGUCGUGAAAAAGUGGACCGUUCGGGUUCGGGGGUUUGCAGCCGCAAAAAGCUGUUUGAACCUCUUCUCCUGGCUGAACUCGUCUGGGUUCAGCACCACUGGGGGUGUGUUGAAAAUCAGAAACCGCCAGCAGGAACAUAAAAACUGGGCAUAUGUGGCGGUGUGGGGGGGGGGUGUGUGAUGUAAAACUUUUCAGCUGAAGCAAGAGGGGGAGACAACAGGGAGGAAAGGAACUCUUUGAAAUUUAGAGUGAUGGCUCCAUUUGGAUCAUGAAUAUUUAGUCAAACUUAAAGUCCUUAAAGAUACAAUGUGAAACAAACCAACUAGAAUCCAAAGGGAGCGGGUUGGGGGAAUACACUUUUAAGGCAUCUGUAGCAAGCUCUCAGUGUCUUUACAAUAUCCUAUGUGUAAAUGCUGCACCUCUGUAUAUUAUGCACAUAAAGCAUUUCUUUGAAUAAGAUAGGACAGACCUCAUCACCAGUCAGGUAUAAACAACUCUUCCUCUUCUGUGUCUUGGUUUUCCAGCGCAUGUGUGUGUGUCUGGGUGCGUGCGUGUGUGUGUGUGUUGUGCGUGCGUGUGCAUCUUUUCCAGUUCACUUCCGAUGCAAAGGAGAAGGGCGGGGGGGAAAUAGCCUUACUAAAUCCAAUCUUAAAUAUUGUUCAUCAGCUUGAAAGCAAAUGAGCCCCAGUGGCCACAGUGGUUUUAAGAAUCAGUAUGCAAUUUCACCUGUGCUGGGCAUUUAUAAAGCACUUGAUCAGAACCAAACUGUAACGCUCUGUCUGUUAUAUGGGUACAGACAGGAGCAGGAGGAGCUGGUUUAAGGCUACCAUGCCAGCUUGCUUCCAAUCUAUGCUCUCAAAGAGCAGAGGACACCACUCACUCUGCACGGGUAGAUCAAAUUGCAGUUUCUUUGGUGCUCUGCACUCGGUCUCUGUGGGGCCACAGCGUUUCUGGAAUCCACAUUCGGUGGAUGGGGGGCUUUCCUGGCACACUGCCUGCGUAGGCCGUCUGGGUGUGGUUAGCGGUGGUUGGCAGAGGCCCCCGGUACUCGUCCGGACGCUGUAAAGGGGUGGGCUGUAGUGUUUCUUGUCUUCUUGUGCCUCGGGCUCCUUUCUCUUCCCGUGAGGUGCUACAAGACUAUUCUAGCUCAAGGAUGAAAUCUCUGGUGUGGGUUGUUCAUUGAGCCAAGGUAGCAAAAAUGCUGCCAAGAGAGUGAAGCUGCUUAAAGUGGGAGAGAACAAGCGGUUUCUUGGCCUGCUUACAAAGGAGAGGUACCUUUAAAUCCAGCUUACCUUCCCUGGCAGAGAUGUCUCCUCUCCCCUUCCCAGGAGAGAGGCUGUUGUGUUCUGGUGCCUUAGCUCCUGGGAGGCAGGUGGACCUUUCAGAGGAAAGGUCCCAUUGGAGUCCUCUGCCAAACAGCCAGGAAAGUAAACCAGAUUGGCAAAGCUGGGCACCCUGGCGUAAAGGUGUCGGGGGGAGUCUGGCAACCAAAGGGCUUGUGGCCCCUGCAGACCUUUGUGUUCUGCAUGGAGCCGAGAGCAGCUCUUCCUUAGGAGCUGGGUUGAACUUCUCCCUGAGAACGGAAUGGGUCCAGAAACCACCCCAGCCCUUCUUCUCUUGCACUGCGGGACCCGAGUGUGGACGUUUGACCAGUUUCCCUAUCAUCCUUUGAAUGUUAGAGGAGAAAGCGGCUGCAUCUCCUGGGUGCCAGUGGGUUCUCGGUUUCUGAGGCAUUGUGGUCAGCCCGGCCGUACCUGGCUCUGUUUCUUUGCUAGACGGAGUCUCUGGAUACACCACUAGCUUUUGGAUUUUCAAGCCCUGUCACUGGGGCAAAGUGCUGGAGAAAACUCCCACGUACCAUCCCAGCACCCAUCUCUCCCUCCCACCAGAGGCACAACCCACAGCAGUGGAGAAGGGAGUUAGCCACGUGCCCCAAACCACUGUAGAAGUUUCGGUAGCUUUGCCUUUUGUGUCCUGUGUCUGAAUUUGCACUACUGUGAAAUCCGGCUUGUUCGGAAGAGAAGUGUCCCAUAAAAGCAAUACGCGACCUACGGUGAUGCAUGCAAGGAACGUUAGGAGAUGACCAAAAGAAAAAGCCCAGUUCUUCAGUUCGAGCAUCCCUCUGGAGUGAUACCGUGCGCCUUAUCCAAUAUUUGGGGGAAGGAAGUGGGGGGUCUGGGUCCCUUGGAACUGCCCCCUCACCCCGUCCCCACGUGAGCGUUGCAGUUCUGGUGGGCAAGAAGGCAUUCUAAUGGAACCGGAUUUCUGUUUCAAAAUCUGUCUACAUUUCGAAAAGUCUUUUUCUUGUUGAUCUACUUGAAGGUACUAACCAAAACGGCUGCUCUUUUCAUUUUUAGUUUUUUGCUGGGGGCGGGGGAGUAUUUGGAAGUUGUUUGGAACUGUCAAUUCCCUUGGUGUGUGGAUGGGGUGGAGGUGAGGGGGGGUUCGGCUUUUCGGGGAGAACCAUGGCCCGAAGCACAGUGGGCCCCGAACAGGGGCCUGCCGGCAUUUGAAUCUGACGACUUGCCCCCUCCUUGCUCUGUAGGAUUCUCCCUCGCGCUCCUCUCCCCGCUCUCAUUGUUUCUUUCUGCAGUUCGGAGACAGCAGGCGAUGUUACGCUGCAAGCCCCCGCUUGGCCCAAAGGUCUUUUCUUAAAACCGCAUCCGGCAGCCCGAAAGUUCCAGGGAUCUAGAACCUGCAAAACCUUUUUGCCACCACAUGCCUUGCAGCACGGGCGAGGGUAGGGAAGGACAGCCAGGUCAGUCUUCUAUCGAUAGAGGGGGCAGAACCCCGUCUCUGGCCCCAACAGUCCAAGGUCGCUUUGAACUCUUGCUUUUUUUUUUUUUUUUUUUUGGUUCAUUAUGGUUCACUGUAGAUGUAAAAUAAAUGGAUGGGGGUGGGGAAGGGGGUGGGAAAGCCCUUCCCCCUGGAGGAGGUGGAAGGUUUUGGAGGGUAUAUGGAAAAAUGGAGAGUGGAAAUCUACAAUGACUUUCCUUCUCUUUUAGCCUCCCACAAAUAAAAGCAGGCGCCAAAGAUAGACCAAAAACCCCACCUGGAUGUAAAGGGGUUUCUGGCAGAUUGGGUUGAAUAGUGAGAUGGUCCCCCCAACACACACACAAGAUAGAGGGAACAGAUUUUGCAGCCUGAUCAACCAGUGUUCACCCCUUUGGGGUCCUAGCAUUGCCUCUCAGCUCCCCCAAGUCAUUGGCCUGAGGAAACGUAGGGCUCCUUAACAUCAGGGAUUUGGGGUGCAUUGCUAACAGAUCGGCUGCACAACUGGCUUUGCGACAUGAUUGCAUCUGAAUUUAGACGCUGCAAAAAACCAAAACCAACCCACAACUUUGGGAUGCUUCUGAGGGGCAAAUGUCCCUGAGAAGGUCCGUACCCCCAACCUGAAGGGCCCCUUCUCCCCCACCGUGCUUUUUUGCAGGGGCUGCAGUAGUGUAAGUGGUCUGUAGUCAUGCUGUGUUUCCAAACACGCUGCUUUGCCAUCCAAGGCGGUGCAUCGAGUCAAACCUUGUCAGCCCUGGAUUAAAUGGCGAAGCCGAUGCAUGCUCGGCAGGGUUUGCCCCUUAUUCAGUGCAGCAUCGGCAGCUUGCACUGGAACGCAGGGCCGUCGCUGCUUACAGAAAGCGACUGUGUGCAGGUGGGCUUAAUUGAAGCAUAGUGUGUUAGGAGUCUGUAGCUGCUUUUUGUUGUCACGCAUUAGAAUAGUUGUAUCGUGUAAAUACAAGAUUGAAAAUUGCACUGAAAAUAGCGAUGUGCCAGCUUCUAUCUCCCCUCCUUUGAGAAUGUUUUUUAUUUGGGUGUGGAUUUUUUCUAAGUCUGUAUCCUCCCUCCUCUUAAAACCAAAAAUUAAAAGGCUCCUCUGUCCCUGGAGGAUGUGUCAAGUGCUCUGUCUCUCUGUCCUACGUCAGCUUAGCUUCCCACUCCGUCAGAUCAGCACCUUCUCCAUCACCCCCCACCCCCACCCCACGCUCAGCAUGCUAGGAAAACUUCUGAUUACCAGAACUGUUCUGGAUGUUAGGGUUUGUCUCAUCCCUACAGAUCUAUCAAGUUUCUAUUUUAUUUUUGGCCUUAGGGAUCCUUAUAGCUUUCUCCUGCUUCCUUCUUUAAGGAGGUAUUUAAAAAUCAAAGAUGAAAGCCAGCAAUAUGUAGCAGGAAUCUUGUUUCCUCCCAAGCUGCGUUCUCUCUUAGAGACGUCUUUAGCCAUGCCACUAAAUUCCUCUCUCAAGAAGAGCUGGUAGGAGAUAGAUGGGCAUCUAUCUAUUUGCUGUCCACAUGGAAUCAGAACCCAGUGUUUAGAGGGGCAGCGCCCACUUAAAAAGCAUGCUUCUGUCCUUAACCUGCUGUCUUUGCUUGCUCUGUUCCAGAGUUUCACCCUGUGCCAAAAGUCGGUAGGAGGUCUUUGUGCUGCUUCAGUCAAUUUCACCCAUGAUGACUAGAAGGCAGAUUAGAAGAAGACUGUAUUUCUCUCUUUGGUUCCAGUUGGUUGAGUCUGGUCGGUUUCUUCUGUUUGUGUGGAGGAGAGAAAAGCAUUCUUUAAAGAGAGAAAAUAUGGUGGUCAGACCACAAAACCUGCCGUGGGAGCUCAGGGGCAGCUGUGGGAUGUGAAACUCCUUGACAUUUUUGGUUUGAGAUUGACUAGAUUUGUAGUCCGCUCCUUGUUAACGGUACCAUUUCCCUGACAUGCCUGCAGAGAAGGGGAUUUUGUCAGAGAAUCAUGCUCUUAUGAGUGACCUCUAGCAAGAUUAACACCGCUCUGCAAAGCUGUUCCUGUAAACUUGCCUGAGAAACCUCUAACAUGGCUAGCACUGGGUUUGACACCAGGCUUUGCUGUGUGACUGGGGAAAGGGCAGAGAGUUGAGGGGUGUGUUUUGUUUACAAGACUCCAACUUUGCUAUUUAGCAGGGGUAACCGAAUUCCCUGGAUCCUCCAAUCCAUCUGCUUGAAGAUUGGAAUCCAUGCCCCAUGCGCAUCUUGCCAGUAACUUGCUUAGGUAUAAAGUAAUAUUCCAAAUCAAAGCACUUUCAAGACCUCUCUUUAAAUCAAGCAGUUAGUUUUUUGUUAUCCUUUUCUUCCUUUUGUACCUGCUUGGAGAGGAGAGUUUUAAAGUUUACGAUCAUUGUCUGUCUGCUUAGGAAAAAUGAAUUACACCCCGUCUCCCGUUGGGUUUGUUGAUUUCUAGCGACCUACCUUCAGAAUUCCUCCUUUUGGACCUGUUCAGUCUUGACAAUCUCUGUGUAUUUUCCUGUCCCGUGUGUCCCUCCCCCGCCCCGACCCAAAAAUCUUGCCUUGUAGCCUCAGUAUUAGUUAAAUAACCCUCUGGCCAGCCCCUGGCCCCUUUCCCUGCUUGCUGCACUGUAGCUGCUCUGUUGCAGGCCUGUUAGGAACUGGAUUUUUAAGGAAUUCUCCAAGCUUGGUUGCUGUAGUUACUCCUGCUAAAUAAGUGAAUCUGAAAACAGGGGAGAGAAAUGGGAGUAACUUUAUUUCCUUAUGUUCUGUUUGUCGCAGAUGUGCCAAACUGGGGAGGGGAGGGGGCGGCCUGCCGGAACUGUCCCCUCCUGCGUCUCUCUCGCUAAAGCAAUAGACAUCGGAUGAGCCUUGCGGGUUCUUCGAUCCGCGCUCUAAUUGGGGCAGCAGUGCGGGAUUCAUGAAAGUUCUCUCUGAAAGUGCAGGUGCUGGCUGGGGAUUUGGGUGGAGAGGAAGGCAGGCUGGGAAGGAAGAGCCUGCCUGCCUCCCGGUUGGAAUUGCGGUCGGAACUGUAACGUUCAUUGUAGAACUCGGAUAAUUUCAGUCCCAAUUCCCUCAGCCUUCACUGCUGGAGUCUCCUGUCUCUUACCAGCCCCUUCAGGGCGUGCUGAAACCAAGAUAAAUACAAUACGCAUCACUCUCCGGAUGCCCCCCGACAAUACCCCGUGUGGUUUGUGACCGCAUGCACAGUGUUUAGGUGUGUUGUUUAUGUCCCGUAACAAACGCGUCGUGUGCAUCCGUUUCCUAGAACGUGCUGUCGUGUGAGAUGCAUGACUUGCCUGUCCAUCGCCAGGGGUGGAUCUGCACUCCCCAGGCCCCUCUCUCUCUGCCGACACACCUCACGUCCUAGAGCAGAAACGUGGCAUCUCCCUAGAGCCAUUUCUCAUUCCUCUCCCCUUCCCUGGUAGUUGUUGUCCGUGGAUGUUUAGACCCGUGCUCGGUGAGUUUCUAGUCAAUACAGUUUGAUUAAUAUGGGCAGCCGGGGGAUUUUUUUUCCCCAAAUUUUGCCCACAGGCAGCAUCGCCAUGGUUGCCUUUAACGCGAGAGGUGCAUCCUGCGUCGAUUGAGUUUCUGUCUUUAGGGGGUCGGGUAACAUGGAGGAUGGUGCUUUUAACACGUCCUGACUUUGACUGGCUUAGUGCAGCUGGGAGAGAACUCAUCCUUACACCCUGGACCCCGGACUUUCUUUGCCUCCGCUUCUCCUGUCGUGGCCCCGAAGUCAGCAAGUCGUGCUCCGGGGCAGCCGUUCAGGAGCCCGUUCGCCGGCAGGUGAUCUUGCGUGCUGUUUGAAGAUGCGUGUUCCAGACCCGAAGUUGUUCUGAGCUUCAGGGAGCAAAUUCACCUAGAGGGCAAGUGGCGGAUCCAGCCCCCAGCGGGGACAAAGACGGCGCUGACUGAAAUUGACUUGCCGACUUCUUGACCCAUAAGUGCCGCAUGCGGGAGACGAGGCGCCAAGGGUUGCCGCAGCGUGUGCGGACGAGGCAGAAGCGGGGAGGCGGGAGCAGGUGUCUCAGCCCAGGUCAGUAGAUCGGCGUGGCUUUGCGGUGUUGCAGCAGCAUGGUGCAGGCUUGUUGUGUUUACAGGCAGGGGCAAAUCCAUUUCGUACUGGGCUGGCUGAGCAGGCAGGGGGGUGUCACCUCAGACGCUAAGCUCCCCUCUGCAGUCUGAAGGAGGCCAGGGGAGCCAGCACCCACGGGACCUACUGGCAAUAGGCUGAAAGCAGCCCUGUGAUUUCUAGCAGCAUGUGUGUUCCAUUCCAGUUUCGGGGCUUGUUGGCUGCGGUGGGGUUUGGGGGGCUCAGCGCUUUGAGAUUUCAGGCUUGGGAGUGUUUUUCCUGGCCUCUUUCACACUCGUGUUCUUGUGGUUUCCAUUUCCGGCUGCACAGAUGCCAGAGCGCUGGGCCGACCCAGCUGGAAGAUCCAUCUGGGGAGCUCUGAGGAGAGGGUUAUUCAUUGUGAGGGGGGGCUUACAGCUCCCCUUUAACCCUCCCCCCCAGAGGAGUUAGCUCAGCACUCCUCCCAAAUGGAGAGUACCAGGAGGGGCUCCCUACCUGGCCCCCAGAAGCUGGCUUGCCCUGAGUGUGUGCACUUUAAACAGGUGUCCCCAGCGUGAGUGAGCGUAGGGCAGAUGCUUGGAUGUGUUUUCCCCCCCAAGCAUUUUCAGUUCAGUUCAGUCAGGUAAAUUUGGGACCUGUCUGAACUGGACUGGAGCUAGAACUUAGCAAGUGGGAACCCGGUCAGUCACUGCGGAGGGAUUGGGGUGUGUUUGUGUGAGGUGGCUGCAUUGUGUGUGAAUUUUACGUCAUCGGGGGCGGGGGCAUUGUGUGUUUGAGAUGGUUGGAAAUACAAAAAAGCUUUUUAAUUUUAGACUUCACUGCACUGUUCACACCUACCUCUUGCAAUAAACAGAAUGGCUCACGGAUGUGUAGAAUGCUUUCUUGCCUCUGAAAUCCCACCCCCCAGAUCCUAGGGCUGACAAAUUCCUGACAUGCCAAGCAGCUGGCUGCGUUGCUGGGGCAGGGCAGAUCCAGCCAAAGAGCUGAGGGGGAAAUUUCCACCAAGAACUUUCUCCUUUGCCACAGCCCCCCUGCGUCACGUUACUCUUCCUGGAAAGCACUGACACCCGCCGGUGCUGGGGUUUGCGGUGGCCUCUGCUCGAUUGAUCUGUUUGCUUAUUGUAUUUAACAGCUGCUGGGUUUGGGUUUGAAAUAAAAGGGACUUUUUGUUCCCUGGAAUUUUUCCCCUUCAGAGCACUGAAUCUGGAACCUGCCGAGCAAAACCCAGUGUGUGGUGGUGAUGUUGUUCCUAAUAGACAGGGGCCUUAAUUGGAGGUCACGUUGCAGGGCAACUUAAUUGGAACACCUUUUAAUUUCAGCAGAUAGGGGAGAGGCGAGUGCGUGAACUAUAGAUGUCUGAGACGCUAGAGUAUUCCCACCGGAGCGCUCUGUGAAACACGCUGCGGCCGUCUUCUCCCCCCUGCAAUAUCAGCAGAGGGCAGGUAUAUGGGCAAGUCCUGGACCAAUCUUUGGAAGAGACUCCAACUGUAUUUCUUCCCCCCAGCCCCCUGAACCAGUUCAUUCUUCCUUCCUCUGCUGGUUUAAAGCACAAAACCUGCCCUUCAUGUUGAUGGAUGGGCGGGCGGAGUAUCAGGACAGCUCUGCUUUCCUGGCAGAGGUGCACAGGACCCUGCGGGGACGUGGCGUGAAACACAGCAGAGUUUUGAUGUGCAAUUAAAAUUUAAAAAGAAAAAAAGUGUGAAACCCUCUCCUAGGUACCCCCAUAUGCAGCCCAUGGGCGAGAGGCUGCAGGUGCCUGGCUUGGCAAGAUUUGAGCCACGCCGGUUUCAUCUUAGCAGCUGGUUUCUCUCCCCUCCCAUACAACCUGGCACCCAGGGGGGUGCCAAAAUCAAGUCCUGACCAACAAAGCACUUGUCUCUGUGGAGGAAAUUUAAAAAAAAAUAAAAAUCCUAUUCUUCAAGGGAAACCCAAAGCUGUUAAACCCCCUCGUGGGGCUGUGAAAUUAAAUAAGGAAACAAACCAAGAAGCCAUCCAUCCCCACAGCAUGAAUGCCACCCGUUUGCCUUGUUCCCACUCCCACGUUCGAGCCUAGUGACUGGUUCCUUUUUGUCUGAGAUGUUCCAUGUAUGUAUUUUGAAAAAUCCUGCAUCAGUUGGGGGGGUGGGGGACGGACUAAAACUAAAAAAAUAAAAGCAUUCAGACUUGAUCUAUUUUAUACAGUGUAUGCUGCAACUAAGUCCUGUUCUUCAUAUUGUGGCUUUGAAUCAAUUAUGUUUAUUAAAAUGCCAUGGCUUCUA